AUGAAAUGGGAGUUGAGGUUCAUCUGUUCGCUGUUACAGAAGUACAACAAUUAUUUUCGUUAUCCUGAGGACUGGAUCCUUGUUGAAAGGGUUAGACCUUUGAAAGAAGUGCUCACGUUUGCACUGAAGCAGCAGAAUGUGGAUCAGUUAAAAGAGUUACUGAAACUAGUGUUAGACCCAGAUUCACAACAAUAUGGGAAGAUUCUGAGCUUGGAAGAAGUCACUGCUCUUGUGCAGCCAUCUCAGCUGACUGAGAAAAACUGGCUUCAGAGUAAUGCGGUCAAAAACUGUCACACGGUCGUAACUCUGAACUUUCUUCAGUGUGUCAUAACUGUUCAAGUAGCAGACACAUUACUCCCUGGUACUAAAUUUCACUGCUACAGGAGAGAUGGACACACUCUGUAGAGGUCAACAUCUCUAUACUCAGUUCAUGAAGAUGUCUCACAGCAUCUAGACAUUGGUGAGCUUCACCAUUUUCCACCACAAGGACAGGAUAUCAGUAAAAGCUGGGGAGGAGCUAGACUAUCAGGAAUAGGUUAUCACUUGAGUGUAACCCCCUCAGUCAUCAGGAGUCACUAUAACCUUACAGUAAAAGAUGUGGGCACUGCCGCAAACAACAGGUAGGCAGUGGCACAGUUCUUAGAGCAGUAUUAUGAACCUGCAGACUUGGCUGAGUUUAUGAGUCUGUUUGCUGGGGGAUUCAUGCACAUGUCAGCCGUAGAGCGGGUCGUGGGCACUCAGGGAGGUGGUAAAGCUGGCACUGAAGCCAGUCUGUAUGUGGAAUACAUCAUGAGCAGUGGAGCAAACAUUUCUACAUGGGUCUUCACUGAUCCAGACUUUGUGAAGAGAUCCUCAGGGACUUUAAUACUGAAUGGACCCUGUUGUGAGGGAACUCCAAGAUUGUUUUUCUACUAA